GCGCAGCCGCAGAGGCGUCGUGUCAGUAAGCUGAGGUGGACUUCUUCCCUUUAGUCAGCGGCAGAGACUCAGCGCAGACCCGCAAUUGGACCUCAGGAACAAGACGAAACGUACCCAGCCGGCCUCUCAGACACCAGGAUGAUCCGUAUUGCCGCUUUCCUCGCCCUGCUGGUGGCCGCCUGCUCCGGAGAGACCUGCACCGACCCAGCGAUCACCCCGUCGGCCUACACCACGUCCGACGCCGUUAUCUCCUCCGAGUCGGUCUUCAUCGUGGAGCUCAGCCUCGCCUGUGCCAACGGAGCGCAGAGCGUGACUCUGUACGCUGAUGUCAAUGGGAGGCAGUUCCCUGUGACCAGAGGCCAGGAUGUUGGCAAGUACCAGGUGUCGUGGAGUCUUCCUCACAAACAAGCCAGCUCUGGAACAUAUCAGGUUAAAUUCUUCGACGAAGAGUCCUACAGUGCCCUGCGCAAGGCCCAGAGAAACAAUGAAGAUGUAAAUUCCAUUGAGCCGCUCUUCUCCGUCAACAUUGAUCACAGGGGUGUGUGGAACGGCCCGUGGGUGGCUACUGAGGUGGUUGCCGCCCUCAUGGGCAUCCUGGUCUACUACAUGGCUUUCACCGCUAAGAACACCAUCCAAGCAUAAACGUUUCACAAUUACUGGAUUGUUAAAGACUGAAUUCUGGUGGAUCUCCACCAACAAUCCAUCAUCCAUUGUGGUGGCAAGCCGAUAGGAUUUUGCCACUUGAUCUGCGUUGGAAAAAGCAGCAAGAGCAGCGGUCUUUUUAUAUAUUUUUUUUAAAAUUCGGACUGUGUCUGAAUACCAUCGGUCUUAUCAAUUUUUCAGAUGACUUUCGUCACAAGUUUUGUCUUGUCAAUAAUGGAUGGAGUUUUGUAAAAAAAAUAUAAAACAAACCAUAAACCUGGAUCACAGAAAUAAAGAACACACACGUAGAUAUUGUACUGUUUUCACUCCUGCUUGAGACCAAUUUCUAUGUCUUACUCCGCUUAUUCUGCGUCGAUGCACUGGCAAGAGUGGGACUUGCAAAGACGUGAUUAACUCCAACAAAGCGCAGUUAAAACCUCAAUGCGUAUGUCAAUUAUCUGACUGCAGGUAAUGCAUUAAAUAGCUUGUUUUACUUCCAGUGUAAAGUUUCGUUCAAUCCAUUGACAAACCUCCCUUAAGUUUUAUUUUUUAUUUUUUUCUCUGACUGGCAGAUUGAUCAUCCUGUGUUCCAUAGCGACAUGUCACUGAAGUUUUUUUGUUGUCAAUGGUAAAUUAAAUCGGGAUGUUUGAAUAAUCCCUGAUCUAGAUCAAACAAUAACUGGUUUCAGUCAGAUUUAGCCUCACAUUUACUGUAUUUAACAUUGCGACAAUUUUAAUCAUUCUGAGAAUUCAUUUUGUUCCCAUUUUGAAAUUGAAUAGGAUCUACAACAGUAAAUGAAACCAUGAAGAAUCA